AUGGGCUUAUUAAAGGAAGAUUAUUCUUCUUCUUCUCAGUGGCGUGUUAUAAAAACAGAAGUAGAUCCUUUACUUGGACAUAUAUUUUCUCUUUACAGCAUAGGUGGAGAAGUGGUGAGAGGAAAUGAAGCAAGUUAUAUUGGCAAACAUUUCCGAAUGGGAUUUAUGACAAUGCCUGCUCCUCAGGACAGACUGCCACAUCCUUGCUCAAGUGGUUUUGCUGUGAGAUCCCAAUCUCUUCAUUCAGUUGGAGGUACUGAUGAUGAAAGCAGUAGCUGCUCUCGAAAACAACCACCACCAAAACCUAAGCGAGAUCCCAGCACCAAACUGAGCACCUCAUCUGAAACUGUUAACUCUGGAACAACAGCUAAGAGUGGGAAAUUACCAGAUAGGACUGAAGUGUCAGCCAAACCAAGGCCUCAUAGUGAUGAAUAUACAAAGAAGAUUCCACCUCCUAAGCCGAAACGAAAUCCGAACACUCAACUAAGCACAUCUUUUGAUGAAACGUACAUUAAAAAGCAUGGCCCGAUGAAGACACCACUCACUAGGGAUGCCUCCUUAUUGCAGGUCAGCAGUCCUGCCCCAGACACAGAGGAAGAAGAGCCUGUUUAUAUUGAAAUGGUUGGGAACAUACUAAGGGACUUCAAAAAAGAUGAGGAUGACCAAAGUGAAGCAGUCUAUGAGGAGAUGAAAUAUCCUAUAUUUGAUGAUGUAGGCCAAGAUUCAAAGUGUCAAUGUGAAUAUGACCAUCACACUUGUUCUUCUCAGUGUGCUACUCCCACAGUGCCUGACCUAGAUUUCACCAAGUCCUCAGUGCCAUCUACUCCCAAGGGCUUGCUUUGUGAUAUCCCCCCACCAUUUCCAAAUCUGCUUUCUCACAGACCUCCACUGCUGGUGUUCCCACCAGCACCAGUUCAGUGUUCCCCAAAUUCUGAUGAGUCUCCUCUAACUCCUCUAGAGGUCACAAAGCUUCCUGUGUUAGAAAAUGUGUCUUACAUAAAACAACAAGCUGGAGCAUCUCCAUCUUCACUGCCACCCCAUACACCGGGUCAUCAAAAACUGGAAAAAGACCAGACAGUAUCUCAUGGAAUUACCACUCCUGGGCACUCUUCUUCACCUCCACAUCCUUCUACCCUGUACAGAACACAGUCUCCACAUGGCUACCCUAAAAGUCACUCUGCCUCACCCUCUCCCGUCAGUAUGGGUAGGUCGCUUACCCCCUUAAGCCUCAAAAGACCUCCACCUUAUGACUCUGUACAUUCAGGAAGUCUCUCAAGAAGCUCUCCAUCAGUGCCUCAUUCUACAGCCAGAAACACAUUGCAAGAAGGGGGAAAGAUGGUAAAUGCCUCGGUUAAUACCUACGGGUCAUCCUCACAGAGUGGUUCACGUUCUAGAACACCUACCAGUCCUCUAGAGGAAUUAACCAGUCUCUUUACCUCAGGACGAAGUUUACUGAGGAAGUCCUCCAGUGGCAGAAGAUCUAAAGAACCUGCAGAGAAACCAUUAGAUGAGCUGAAGAUCAGGAGCCACAGCACUGAACCACUACCAAAGUUGGAAAACAAAGAGAGAGGAGGUCAUCAUGGGACAACUUCCUCUAGGGAGCCAAUAAAAGCUCAGGAAUGGGAUGGAACUCCAGGACUGCCAGUUGCAUCCAGUAGACUGGGAAGAUCCUCUGUCAGUCCAACCAUGUUGGCAGGAAGCAACAGUUCAGAGCCUAAAGCAAGCUGCAGAUUAGGUCGAUCUGCAUCCACGUCAGGUGUGCCUCCUCCAUCAGUUACUCCUCUCAGGCAAGCCAGUGACCUUCAGCCAAGCCAGGUACCAUCGUUACCCAAUCGUAUGGGCAGUGAAGCUGAGACAAACAUUGUGCACACACUAAGGAAAAAGUCUACUGUCAGCAGUCCAGCUAAAUAUUCUGUCAACAUUUUGGAAGAGCACAAUGACAAGAAUUUUACUGCCUUAGGAAAGGCACCACAUUGCAUUAUGCCCCCCUGCCUAUCCAAUAGAAGUGGAAAGAAAAGCACAAGGAUCAGCAGAGGACAACCUCCUCCUCAACCCAAUAGCCUGUACAAUUACAGCAAAGUGACAUGUAUGCAGUGGUUGCAAGGAGACCAUACAAUGCUGGAUAUGAUUGAGAAAAAGCGUUGCCUGUGCAAAGAAAUAAAGGCUCGACAGAAGUCAGAGAAAGGACUUUGCAAACAGGACAGCAUGCCUAUUUUGCCAAGUUGGAAGAAGAACACUGGGACCAAGAAAUACAGCCCCCCUCCUUAUUCCAAACAACAAACAGUUUUCUGGGACACUGCAAUAUGACAGGGGCAUAGAGCAUACCAUCUCCACAGUGUUGCAACCUGCACAAAUAGUCUGCUUUUUUCAUAAGACAAUGACUUACCUACAGGUUAUGAACCACCUAUGAAAAAGCACACUAGUAUGGUGCUCACCUGUCAAUAAAAAAGAAAUCUUGGUUUCUGACUGGAUUAAGGCAUGCAUAUUUAUCAAGGAUUUUUUUGAAUCCAGAAGAUAUUGAAAUGUAAAUAUUUGCCAGUAUAUUGAAUACACCCAAACUAAUACACUGUUUAAAUAUAUAUAAAUGAAAAAUUUAUGAAAAAUUUUACUAUAUAAUAUAAUUACUGUUAUACUGUUUUAUUAACUAUUUUCUAUGUGAUAUUCUAUGUGUUCUUUUUCCUCCCAUUUUAAUUAUCUUACUUGCCUAGAUUUGGCCUCUGUACAAAAGCAUGUGGUUAUACAUUUUUGCUUAACAGUACAAUGUACAAAUCAACCUGGUGCUAGGGCUGUAGACAUUAAUUAGAGUCAUAUUCACUAAAAACAUGUCACUUUUUUUUUUCGGAGUGAGGAUGAAGGCUUUGGCAGGCAGUGGUAAAACCAUAAACAAUACGAAUAAAAGUGUGUAAUGUGGAUGUCCGAAACGCAUUAAAAAGAGUUGUUCUGUAUCAGAUUUUGGUAAGUUUACUCGUAUAAAUUGCCCUCAUAUUUAUGUUAAUUGGCAAUUAAAAUCUUCAGUUAUAAUUAUUAGUUCUAUUUGGCUAACCAAGGAAAAAAAAUUACUGCAGAAAUGUCUACAACCAACAUUCUUCUUCCUUUUAUUUAGGUGACUAGAGGAGACCAUGGUUCACUGUGAUUAAGCAUUAUACAAGUCAUGAUAAAGAAAUACACAAUUGUUUAGCAGAUUAAAAAGUGGCAUUUCAGCUAUUAGUCCUGUCCACACUUGUCUUUGGUCUAGACAAAAAAAAAAAAAAGACAAAACUGGUUUCAUAAUUCUUCAUUUUCAAUACAACCGUAAUGUAGUCUGUUUAUUCUUAAUAAAGGCCUGACUCAAAUCCCAUGGAAAGAUUUUUGCAUGGCUUUGAAUCAGGCCCCUAUUGAAAGUAAACUAUUGCCAAUUCCUAGCUGAUCAUAAAAUUGGCUCAGUGUCCUGUGUGGUAUCACACCCACCCAACAGGAUAUUACAUCAUGACCAAAGAUUUAUGACCUCUUGGUUUUAACAGGAGAAAGAGAUGGCUUAUACUGCUUAUAAGGGUGAGACCUAUGUAUUCAAAUAUCUUUCAAAAGGGACUGUUUAGAAUAAGGAAAAUCUGUAUCAUCAUGAAGUGAGAAAAAUACUAUGGCAUAUAUUUUGUAUAUUUAAAUUUUAUCUAUGCUUCUGAAAUUUGGCAGCAUGAAAAUUCUUCUUUAACAAUCAUUUAAAUAUAUUCUCUGAAAAGAAAAGAUGUAUUGUUUGAAACUUAUUGUCAUAUUGGCUUUUCUUUGAAAUCAUAUUGACAGCAGUGCCACAGGCAUAGCUGCUGAUCAAAAAACCAAAAAUAACAAACUUUACUAGGUUUUUUUUGUAAUCUAUAUUGUUAGAGUUUGAGUAAUGCUUUAUCAGUAGUAGUUUCUUUCCAACCUCUGAAAUAAUAAUAAUAAAGUUUUUAAAUAUUUUAUGAAUAAUUAACUAAUGUAUAUUUUGAUGUCCAAAUUGAGGAUUUCUGUAUAAGAUAAAAUGUGUGUGUUUAUAUGGGUGUAUGUAUAUUAGCAUUACUAUAUGUGUGU